AUGGUCAAACCAUGGUGUCUAGGAACUGGGAAAACCGGGAUCAAUUGGACCUAUUUCUAUGAAACAGAUUUAUACGCUAGUGAGAAAUAUGGGGUGUGCUCUGCCAAUACUCAGAUGGACAAUGACGUCACUCCAGUGUACCUAGCGGCGCAAGAGGGGCAUCUGGAGGUGCUCAAAUUUCUUGUCCUCGAGGCUGGUGGCUCCCUCUAUGUGCGAGCCAAAGAUGGAAUGGCACCAGUCCACGCGGCCGCCCAGAUGGGCUGCCUUUCGUGCCUCAAGUGGAUGGUUCAAGAUCAGGGGGUUGACCCCAACUUACGUGACGGGGAUGGGGCAACGCCGCUGCACUUUUCAGCGUCACGUGGACACUUGGAGUGCGUGCGCUGGCUCCUGCGUCACGGAGCAAAGCUCGUCACGGACAAAUACGGCAAGAGCCCAAUCAACGACGCUGCAGAAAACCAUCAAAUGGAGUGUCUGAGCAUGUUGGUGCAACACGGGACAUCUCCGGACUACCAAGACGAAAGGGGAAAGCUUCAUGGCUGCCUUUGUAGAAAAGAAGAUCCUAGCAUGAGGUGCUCAUAUGCCGAUUGCGUCAAUUGCGAUAGCAACCCUGAGCCGUUCUACUUACACGAUCCUCCCAAGAACAACAGAGACGGCCUUUUCAUCAACCCCAUGGCUGAGAACGAGGCAUCGGAGUCAUUCUUCCUGCACGAUCCCCAACAAGUGCCCUACAACAGGGUCAAGGACCUCUUCGCCAAUAAACCUCAAGGCUUCUCCCAAGCCGCUCCUAAACUCUCAGUUCCUCAAACUCAGUCCACAGGUGUCACAGUCAAAGUGGAGGUGCACAGUAGCAGCAGCGGGGCGGGCUCGGAGGAGAACACGUCAUGCUCGGAAGGGAGCGAGCGAGGAGAUCACGACUACGAGGACAUCUACUCGGUGCGGGACAGGGACAAGAAGGGCCAGGGCGCCGGGCAAGGACGGGCCGAGAGCCAGGACUCCGGCUCGCACAGCCGGAGCGGCUCCCUCAGCUCGGAGAACAGCAACCUCGUCGUCCAGGUCGGGCCCGCCGGCCCCCUUGGGUCCCGGCCCCCGGAACCGGAGCCCCCCAAGGACUUCCUCGACAGCCCGCAGGACGGCCAAGUGUCCGCUGAAUCUGGUGUGUCAAGUGGUUCUCCCUCUGACUUAGGACACUCAGAAGAGGAAAACGAGAAAUGCAAACACGAGCGACUUUCUAGGACACAUUGUUUCACUUUACCCCAUAAUAAUCAAAAUAACAGAGCUUUGAAAAGGGUCGUUUCCGAGCCAGGAGGGAUGUGUCCACCUCCACCACCGCCGCCGCCCCCGGACAUGAUUUCGUCGACCAUUUCUAGUAACCAUA